AGUAGAUGGUGGGCAUAGCAGCCAGAUCCCACCCACCACAUUUACCUACCACUUUUCAAUUUGCAUUGCUUACUAAUACCAUUACCAACCAACUAAACCCAAUAUCAAAACAGUGAGUGAGUGAGACACACGCGCCUAUGGACAUCCCCAACGUUCUGGCACCGUCGCAGUUUUCGGCAGGUGAAGGCGGAGGAAUGAGGAAGAACCCGACGUUGAUAUGCGCUCCUGUAAUGGCGGAUUCCGUUGACAAGAUGCACCUUGACGUCAGCAAGGCCAAAGCCAGCGGCGCUGACCUCGUCGAGAUUCGUUUGGACUCCUUGAAGACCUUCAAUCCCUCUUCGCACCUUCCCGCUCUUAUCAAUAACCGUCCUUUGCCGCUCUUAUUUACUUACAGGCCCAAUUGGGAAGGUGGUAUGUAUGAAGGUGAUGACAAUACACGCUUUCAUGCUCUGAGGUUGGCCAUGGAGCUCGGAGCUGAUUACAUCGACAUUGAACUCAAGGUUGCAAAUCAGUUCUAUGACUUUAUACGUGGAACGGCGUAUGAUAAAACCAAGGUCAUUGUUUCAUCUCACAAUUAUCAGCAAACUCCGUCAGUUGAGGAUCUUGGUGACCUUGCUGCUAGAAUACAAGCAACCGGGGCAGACAUAGUGAAGAUUGCAACAACUGCUUUGGAGAUCACUGAUGUGGCACGCAUGUUUCAAAUAAUGGUGCAUUCUCAAGUAAGAAGCGUUCCAUUUAUUGGACUUGUUAUGGGUGAUAGGGGAUUGAUUUCACGGAUACUUUGUGCAAAAUUUGGUGGGUAUCUUACUUUUGGUACCCUUGAGUCAGGAGUAGUUUCAGCUCCUGGUCAACCUACACUUAAGGAUCUAUUGCAUCUAUACAAUUUGAGACAAGUAGGACCUGAUACGAAAGUAUUUGGGAUAAUUGGAAAGCCUGUUGGUCACAGUAAAUCACCCACAUUGUUCAAUGAGGCCUUCAAGUCACUUGGAAUCAAUGGAGUUUAUGUAUUUUUGUUGGUGGAUGACCUUGCCAAAUUUCUCAGCACUUACUCAUCUACAGAUUUUGUGGGAUUCAGUGUUACCAUUCCUCACAAGGAGGCAGCAGUUACGUGCUGUGAUGAGGUUGACCCUGUGGCUAAGUCAAUUGGAGCUGUCAAUUGCAUUAUAAGAAGACCAGAUGGGAAGUUAAUUGGGUAUAACACAGAUUACGUUGGUGCUAUUUCUGCAAUUGAGGAUGGGCUACGGGCUAAACAAAAUGGCAGUGGCACAGUUGUUUCACCAUUAGCUGGUAAACUGUUUGUUGUUAUUGGUGCUGGUGGUGCUGGGAAGGCACUUGCUUAUGGUGCAAAAGAGAAAGGAGCAAGGGUUGUGAUUGCUAACCGAACCUAUGAGCGUGCUAGAGAACUUGCUGAUUUAAUUGGAGGAGAUGCUUUAGCCCUUGCUGAUUUAGAUAAUUACCAUCCGGAGGAUGGUAUGAUUCUUGCAAACACGACAUCUAUUGGAAUGCAACCAAAAGUUGAUGAAACACCUGUUUCUAAGCAUGCGUUGAAAUACUACUCCCUGGUUUUUGAUGCCGUCUACACACCCAAAAUGACUAGACUUUUGACGGAAGCAGAAGAAUCAGGAGCUACUGUUGUUACAGGAUUGGAGAUGUUUCUUGGACAAGCAUAUGGACAAUUUGAGAAGUAUACAGGAAAGCCAGCACCAAAGCAGCUCUUCAAAAAAAUUAUGGAGAAUUACUGAUAAGGUCUCCCAGCUCUAACUUCUAUCUUACUGAUCCAAUGGAGAUCGUCCGUGGUUGGUUCACAGAUCCAAGAAGCAGGACGGUUAGCAGCGCAUUGCUGCAUGCACCAGCAAGCUUCCAGUUGCCUUUGAAUGGGGAGGUUUCUUUAGGGCGUAGUGAGUUAUUGCUUUUACCCCUCCCUUUUCCCCUGUUUCACUUGACUAAAUUUAUGUAUCUUAGCCAUAAAGAGUUAUUGACAAGUAAAAUUAUUAUUUGGCAAAUGAAUUUUCCUGUCAAUUCUUGAA